UCGCGUGCAUGUGUAUAGUUCUAGUUCCUGGUGUGUUGCUGUCUCCCCAUUAAGUUAAAAAUUUUGCUCGUGCUAGCAAAAGUUUUUUUUUUGCUAAGUCUCAGUCGUCAGUCGCGUCCAAGCAUUAUCACUUCCAACAACCAAGCUCAGUUCGGUCUAAAGGCAAGACAACCGUCAGCAGCUGAAGAAGAAGCAUUGUAGAGAUGCCUUCCAGUGAUCCACUGCCGCCCAAGGAGGGUGCGCUUUUCCGAAAGCUACUGAAAUGCUACGAACUCAAGCAGUACAAAAAUGGCCUCAAGCUGGCAAAGCAAAUACUAUCAAACCCCAAGUACAUGGAACACGGAGAGACACUGGCCAUGAAAGGUCUCACUCUUAACGGGCUGGGGAGGCGCGAAGAGGCAUACAAGUAUGUGCGCUUGGGUCUGCGCAACGAUCUUCGCUCUCAUGUCUGCUGGCAUGUUUAUGGCCUUCUCCAGAGGAGUGAUAAGAAAUACGAUGAGGCCAUUAAGUGCUACCGUAAUGCCCUUAAGUGGGAAAAGGACAAUCUGCAGAUUCUGAAGGAUCUGUCGCUGCUUCAGAUACAAAUGCGUGAUCUGGAGGGGUAUAAGGAGACCCGUCAUCAUCUUUUUACGCUGCGGCCCUCUCAACACGCUUCCUGGAUUGGGUUUGCCAUGAGCUAUCAUCUACUAAGGGACUAUGAAAUGGCCAACAACAUACUGGAAACGUUUAGUCAGUCUCAGACAUCGAUUGAGGCGCACGACUAUCGCCAUUCGGAGCUGCUUCUUUAUCAGAACCAGAUACUCAUCGAAUCAUCGCGUCUGGAGCAGGCCCUCGACCAUUUGAUCAAGUACAACGCACAGAUUGUGGAUAAGUUAGCCGUGCGCGAGACAAUGGGCGAUUUGUACAUUCAGUUGCAGCAGCAUGAUAUGGCGGUGCCCAUCUUUGAAUCUUUGAUUCGUCGCAAUCCCGAAAACGUCCUCUACUACGAACAGUACCUGUCCGCAAGACAGGUCUCAGAAUCCAGCGCUGUCGUGGCCGUUUAUCGUGAGUUCCAGGAGAAGUAUCCACGCGCGCUCUGCCCCCGCCGUCUGCCGUUGAACGUUGCCAGUGGCUCGGAGUUCCGAACGGUAGCCGACGAGUACUUGCGCCGCGGCCUCCGCAAGGGCAUUCCGCCGCUUUUUGUUAACGUGCGCACCCUUCAUCAGGAGUCUGAAAAAGCGACUGUUAUCGAAAAACUCACGUUGCACUACUUUGAGAAUCUGUCUCGCUCUGGGCACUUCUCACGCGAGGAUUCUGAUGCUGGGGCGCCCGUUGAGCCAGCCUCGGCGCUUGUGUGGACGGCUCUGUUUCUGGCGCAGCACUAUGACUACAUGCGGGACACAGAUCGGGCUCUGGAGUACAUUAAUGUCGCAAUCGACCACACACCUACUUUAAUCGAACUUCUUAUAACUAAGGGACGUAUUUUCAAGCAUGCCGGCGAUGCCGUUGAAGCCUACGUCUGGCUGGAGGAGGCUCAGAGUAUGGAUACAGCCGAUCGCUACAUCAAUUCAAAAUGCGCAAAGUACAUGCUGCGCGCUAACAUGGUGCAGGAGGCGGAGGAAAUUUGUGCUAAGUUUACUCGAGAGGGUGUCUCUGCAAUGGAUAAUCUAAAUGAGAUGCAGUGCAUGUGGUUUCAAACGGAAUGUGCGUUAGCUUACCAACGCAUGGGUCGUUGGGGCGAGUCAUUAAAAAAGUGCCACGAAGUAGAACGUCAUUUUGCCGAGAUUGUCGAGGAUCAGUUUGAUUUUCAUACAUAUUGCAUGCGCAAGAUGACGCUUCGGGCCUACGUCGGCCUGUUGCGAUUGGAGGAUGUCCUGCGCCAACAUCCAUUCUACUUCAAGGCUUCCAAGUGCGCCAUUGAGGUGUACCUACGUUUGUAUGAUAAACCUCUCAAGUCGGAAGCGACCAUUGAAGAGAUUGACAUUGAAAACCUUCCCCCGUCUGAGCUGAAGAAGCUGCGCAGCAAACAGCGCAAGGCAAAAAAGAAAGCUGAGCUUGAGAGCGCGCAGGCCGCGCAAGCACAAGUGAAGCGCGAACAGCAUCAGAAAUCCAAGCAGCAGGCUAGUCAGGAAACCGAUCCUGAUGCGCCGCAACUGGACGAGCUCGUGGCAGAGAAGUUGGAGCGGACAGACGAACCCUUAGAAAGGGCUAUUGACUUUCUAAAGCCGUUGCAGCAGCUAGCCAAAGAACGCAUUGAAACGCAUUUACUGGCCUUCGAGGUUUACUAUCGUAAAAACAAGCUGCUAUUGAUGCUUCAGUCCAUACAGCGUGCCCGUGCCGUUAAUAUAGCGCACCCUGAGAUCCAUAGUUGCAUUAUUCGUUUUAUGAAAUCGCUGUCCAGCGCCUUUAAGCAGCAGCCUUUCAACGAACACGUCCAACAGGUGCUUAACAAGGCUACCAAAGAACUGAUAGGCAGCAAGACACUCCAGCAACUCAACGAUGAAUUCAUUGCAAAGCACAACGAAUCCAUACUGCACUUGUAUGAAGGGGCACGUAGUCUCUUCGAGCUAGAUGCUAGUAAAAAGGAUACCGCUAUCAAGCUGGUCACCAGCUUUAAUCAGAAAAAGCUACGGUUAGAGGAGGCCAUCAAAGUCUACACCGCGUUGCGGGACGGGGAUGUGUUUGGAGAGUGUGAGGAGGCAGCCGCUGCAUAUCAGCAAGCGUGUCAACAACGUUUUCAAUACGCUCGCAUCUUUCGUAAAAUAGAGGAGCUAGAGGCACAACUACAAGAGAAAGAGGCUGCCAAGUUACGCGCUGAAGAGGAACAACUCCAAUUGAAUCAUGUCGAUUCCAGUGAAGCGAUUUCACCAGUUUCGGCCACAGCAGUGGCAGCGUCUUAAGACAAAAGAAGACUGCUACAUUACAUAAAAAACCACAGCAUCAACAACAGAAACUGCAACACAAGUAACAAAAGAAAAACCUUCAAAUAAAAAAUGAGUUCUAUAAAACAGAAA